ACACUUAUCCUUAUCUUAUAGAUAGUUGCGGAAGUUUCCUCUCUACAUGUGAUUCCCAUAGCGCGAUAUGCAGCAGCGUCUCUCCUCCGCUUGGGCGGUAGGGGAUCUGAAUUUCUUGGCAUUAUUCCACAUCUUGCAGCAACUUCCACCUUAUUGCCAGACACCAGUGUAAGAUCGGCUUAGGUCUACAGAUCAUACACGUAAUUUUUGUUUGUACAGCUGCCCCAUAGUCUACACUACCUUCCAGUGUCGUCUGAAUGAGCUAGAAUUCCAAAAAGGUCUUAAUGCUCAUUUCCAAUUCGGAUGCCAUAGUGAAAUGAUAUCAUCUAAAAUUCAGCUACCUUGGCUGUCCAACAAAGUUCCCCUGGGACAUCUGAUUUUGACAGUUCUGAUUGGUCUGGUGGUAUUCUUUGGACUAGCAAAACUAGUGUCCGUUCCGCUGCGCAUCGAUAGCUUUGAUAGCUUCAGAUACUACAACCUCCAAGAGGAGGAUGGACCCUGAGCAAAAAAGGGGGCAAUCCAUGGAACCGCAUCCGAGCAGAAACUAUUUCAAUUUGUGGCUGUGUCGUUGAAUGUUGUGUGAAUUCAAUUGCAUCAUGUGGGUGGAGACCUCAAUGCCUGCACUGCCACCAUUUUGCAAUUUUAAUUGUGAUUGCAAAUUAAUUAAAUUUAGGCAUGCACCAUAUGCCAGUCCGAGUUCCAUUCUAGCAAUUAAACGCAAUUUAACAGCGUUGUAAAUUUGCCUAUCAUUUCAGAUGCAUAUGGAAGGCAUGGCGCACCUUUCAAACAAUAAAUAUUGUAUCUAAUUUUAGAAUCUAAUCCACCAUAAGUGCAAUCGCUUCCAAUUGAAAAUUAGCAAAAUAACCAACAAAAAAGAGUAAAUUAUAUAAUUAUCUAUUGCCGAAUCACGAAUAUGAACUCAUUUGACAACAUGCGUGCCCACAUACUUGUAUGUACAUAUGUA